CCUGAGGUAUUUCUGUCCACAGAUCCUCUUUAAACGUCACCUACCACUCACCACUCUCUGCCUAUCCAAAUGCUCUGCGCUGUCGCCAAUCAGCAUGCAAUCUCCCUAACAAUCAUGGACCAAAUAAAGAGAAGGAUUGUGACAUGGACUCUAAACGUGACCGCAUUUGCGUCUCAAGCCAGGAAUAUGACGCCCACAGCUCAUUGCUCCUUCCAGGCCCGCAGAGUGCACCACUUCCCUCCCCUGCCCAGACCUGGGGGCUCCAACACCCAAAGCCUAGGAGCCCAGGCUCCGGCCAUUCUUCUGACCUGCCGUACAGCAUGGCAGCCCCCAGAGGCGUGGCCCAGGGCACAAAUAGACGUACAACAUGGCCGCCUACAGGGAGCACACCGCACGCCCUCCCGCCCGGCCACCGGAAGUUUCCAUUUGAAAGCCAGGCGGCAGACCGGGUUGCUGGUGCGGCAGUUACUGCGGAGCAGCUUUUGAAUCAGAGCGACGAGGGCUGCGAGUAGGAGCUACAGGCGCCUGGGUUCGGGCCCAGCCUUGCCGCCUCGUUACGAUGACCAGCGUGGUUAAGACAGUGUACACCCUGCAGCCCCCCGCUGUGCAGAGCGGCGGCCUGCCGGCAGACACACAAACUCGAGCCCCUUCUAAGAGCCUCUUACCAGUGAAGUCCAAAGAAGUGGAUGUUUCCAGGCUUCAUUCAGGAGGUGCAGAGAACGAUGUUACAAAAAUCAUCAAACCAAGACGAGAGAACGGGCAGGUGAAAGCUGCAGACACUGCCUUUAGGAGGAACAUCAGAAAAAGCUACAAGCCACUGAGCAAGCAGAAAUCAGAGGAAGAGCUCAAGGAUAAGAACCAGCUCUUAGAGGCCGUCAACAAGCAGCUGCACCAGAAGUUGACUGAAACUCAGGGAGAACUGAAGGACCUGACCCAAAAGGUGGAGCUGCUGGAGAAGUUUCAGGAUAACUGUUUGGCAAUUUUGGAGAGCAAGGGCCUCAACCCAGUUUUAGGCAGUGAGACCCUGGCGUCACGGCAAGAAGCCACCACAGAUCACACGGACUCUAUGUUGCUACUGGAAACUUUGCAAGAUGAGCUGAAGCUUUUUAAUGAAACAGCCAAAAAACAGAUGGAGGAGUUACAGGCCUUAAAAGUAAAGUUGAAGAUGAAAGAAGAAGAGCGGGCCCGGUUCCUAGAGCAGCAGACAUUAUGUAACAGUCAAGUGCAUGAUUUUACAACAGCCCUUGAGGAAAUGGAGCAGCUAUUGGAAAUGUGAUAAAAAGCAAGUGACCAGCCGGCUCCCUCUUGGGGUUAAACUCUCAGAGGAAGCCACUUAGGACAUCUGCUUCUUGGCCAUGACCUUCUAGGACUCACCAUCCCCAGAAUGAAAACAGUUUCUGCAGUAGGAUUAAGGACAGUUGAUGCCGGAAUGGCGGUUCCUCCUUAAACAAGUGUUCCCAGCCUUUCAGAUUGGUCGGCUCUCCUGAACCUCACAUGUAUAUAACUGAGGCCUACGAAGAGGGGGUGCCUGGAAGCUUGGAUCAACCUUCUACGCAACAAAGCGGCAAGCCAUUAGAAUCAGACCAAAUCAGUCAUAGAGGAUCCCAAAGGUAACAUUCAGAUGUGUAGGAAGAAAGCCUUAAUUGUACAGCGGAGCACAGAUGCUCCACAGGAGACAUCACUGAGAAGCCAUGCUAGACUUUCUAACUUGGAACACAUUCUGUCUCAUCCCGGUUGGGCUCUAUACCUCAUUGUAAAUCAAUGAACUUGAAGUUACUUAAGAUGGCUUAAUAAAUGGGGGUGAAGGUAUAGAUAGCAAUAACACCUACCUGAAACCGUACACCUUGGAGCUUUUAAUCUAAAUCACUUCCGUUUUUUGGGUUUGGUUUUGGUGAUUUUUACGAAGUGCUACUUUUAAAAUAAAUAAUUCUAUAACUGUCCGGACUACA